CUGAACCCAGAUCGAUGAGUCCUGAACCGUCCAGCAUCAAACAUUUACAACGAUUCACUUUAAUACAGCCGCUCUGAUGUCCUACUUCAGAUGAAGUUAAAACAAACGCGAAAUAAAACACGAACAAAACGGAGAGUAACAUAGCGCCCAUUUAAAAUACUCUCUAACUAACACGAGACCGCUAACAUAGCCUACUAGUGAUAAUAACUCACCAACAUGUUAGAUUCCUGAACCACUCAACACACGAGAGCAAAUAGGCUACAGUGUUUACAGAUAUAUGGGUGAUUCUCACGAAAACUUGGUUUUAAAAAUGUCAAGCAUGAAAAUGUAAAAAUUGCUUAAAUUUACUUUUUUUCCCACCAGACAUUGAAAAACAAAGUCUGGAGUAAAUGGGAACAUUAAUUUAAAAACUUUUACUUAUCAUUUAAAACUUUUUGUAACAUAAUUUAAAAAAUGAGUCCUAAAAAAUCUCAUUACCGCAACAGUCAGAAAACAUCAACACUGACAUAUUUUCAAAAUGACAUGACAAACCUGAAAGAACAUAAUUUGGAGAUUCUGCACAUGCAUUUAAAAUCAAAGUAUUAUGCUUCUAUUAAUUAAAUUAACAUUUAAUAAGCAUCUGUUGCGGUAAUGAUAAUCAAAAUGUCGUGUAAGCAUUCUGACAAGACAAUAUUUCAAAUUAACUGUAAAAAAAAUGAUCUUACCUGGUAGCCAUCAUGAAGUAACUGGUCCAUAUGCUUGGUCACUCAAAAUCAAACUUUAUUAAAAUUCUGUAUGUGUGCUUAAACUGUUCUCAAAAAGUGUUGCGGAGGAUGAGAACAUCAGGCAUGGACACAUCAUUUUCCUAAUUUUUCUUCAUUAUUAUUAUUAUACAUGAAUAUUCAGUAAAUAUUUUUUCUGACAUCUAAAGUAGUCUAGCAAAACAUCCAUUUAUUUUUUUUCUUAAUAUUUUUGUGUUAAUUUGAUUAAAUUACAACAUAACGCAUGUUCAAACACAGCAGGACAAAUUGCGGUAAUGAGAAUUUCAGCAGAAAAUGAGAUAAAAUUUACAAUUAUAAAUUCUUAUGUUGAAAUCACACAUUGUGCAAGGUAGAACACAGUAUUGUGUUAAUUCUGAUGCUUUUUAAUGUUACUAUAUUACACAUUUUAAAGCUAAAAUCAUUAGUGCCGUGGUGUUUCAAUGGUUUCGUGAGAAUCACCCAUAUAGGCAUACAGAAAAUUAAAUUAGGCUAUAAUAGUUUUUUAUUUUAUGUAGCCCUAUUUGCUACUUUUGAAAUAAGCUGUUUAUAUGAAAAAUCGGAUUUUAUGCACAGUUUCCCCCUUUUUAUUUCGUUUUAAACAAGUGGUGGUGUUAAUUUGAUAAAAAGCAAAACAAUUAUUAAUGCAUAAUAAGCAUUAGGCUACUACAUUAUUAAGUUGGGAAAUAGCCUAGGCCUACUUUAAAAUCCAAAUAAAACAUUGGAGCUAUACCACACAACCACAUUGUGAAAAUGAGUCGAUAAGUCAUGACAACAUGUUUUUACAUUACUUUAAUAAUUAGAAAAUCACUAGUCAAAAUUAAAAAAAUAGUAAUUUGAAAUGACUUGCAAAUCCAAGCUGAUUUAUCUUCAAAAAUUAAGGCAGUGCAUAAUUGUCGGAACACAUGAUUCAAUUUUUACUCAUUUUAGCAUUUAAGUUAUUUUGGCAGGUGUUGCGACACACCUGCUGCAGGAACGCGGCAGUUUCAUGGAACGACUAACCAGUCUCACUUUAGACUUACUAGUAGUUUCACUUAGUAAGUUUACAGUCUAUGCAGUUUUGAACAUUUCGAGCUCUUUGGAUACAGAUUCAGACAUUCAGCAAUCAACACCUGACAAUGUCGCAGCAGAGGCGCACAUCGUCCAGUAGGCGGCGUAAGUGGUCAGGUCUGAUAACACGCUGGACUCUGCUGGGUCUCUUUGAGAUUGAUGAAGGUCAUGAAUUUUAUGAUCUCACGUGCAUGAUGAAGAGCGGCAUCUCCACUGCACUACAGAACAACAUAAAUGAACCAACACCUACACAACUUUCACCUGAUGAUUUCACCAAAGAAGAAACUGAUAUUCAUCAGGGGUUUAUGUUGCAAACAUUUGCUGGUCCUGUGUUUGCUAACCUGCGGCGUUCUGUCCACAUAAGUGAGGAAGAGUAUGAGAAUUCAGUGGCUUCAUCUGAGCCGUACCUGCAGUUUAUCAGUAACUCCAAAAGCAAAGCAGAUUUCUUCAUCACGCAUGACAGAAGGUUCUUUUUGAAAACAGAGACUAAAAAGGAAAUUGGCCUUCUCUUGUCAAAUUUAAGAAUUUACACAGAGCACCUUCACAAAUACCCACAUUCACUGUUGGUAAAAAUAUUGGGGGUGCAUCGGAUAAUCAUAUCAGGUGAAUCAAAGAAAUAUUUUAUUGUGAUGCAAAGCGUCUUCUAUCCUGAUGAGAGGGUCACAGCCAGGUAUGACAUCAAAGGAUGUGAGGUGGGCCGUUGGUCAAACCCCACCCCCAAGAAAAAUCAAGCUGUAGUUAUUUUGAAGGACAUGAACUUCGAAGGACAGCACAUUGUUCUUGGAGAACAGCGCUCCUGGUUGGUUCGACAGGUGAAGAUUGACACAGCGUUUCUCCGCUCAAUAAACGUAUUGGAUUACAGUCUUCUGUUAGCUCACCAACCACUACAUGAGGAUGAACUGGAUCAGAACAAUCACCUCGCCAAUCUUGUCCACCGCACUACCAUAUCUCUGAAUCAGAAGGACCCGACUCAUCCUUGCUCAGUCAGCAGAUGUUCAUCAGACAGAGACUCCUGUCUGAUAAUGCCUGAUAAUAACUCUGAACAUAAAAGAUCAGAAGAAACUCUACAUUUUCAGGACUUUGAGCAGACCCAGGUGGAGAACAGGAGAUUGCUGCCUGACUACAGAAACCCUCUUCACGUGAUCGACGGACCUCAGUUGAGAUAUUUUGUGGGAAUCAUAGAUAUUUUCACAGAAUAUGGAUUUCAAAAAAAGCUUGAGAAUCUGUGGAAGAGGAUUAAAUAUCCAAGGCGUGCAUUUUCCACCGUAAGCCCCUCCGCAUACUCUCUAAGAUUCAAUCAGUGGGUUGAAGGCCACACAAAGUAGAUACUUUAAAACAAAGACACAAACUCAAAGCAUUCAACAAACUCACGUUUAUAUGAUUAAACUGUUCCUGUUUCACAUCUAAAAUAAACAUACUUUUUUCCUUUUUUAGUUUGUUUAUGUUUAAAAGUGUCACAAGUGAGUCACGUGAAGAUGUUGAUCUAUUAUUACGAUUACUAGCAUCAGUUACUGUCUGAAGAGCAUAAUGCUUUAAAAACACUCAUAAAUAUCCCAUAAUAAUACAUGAACAUGGCAUUACAUUAUGUUUAUUGUCUAUAAAUGCAUUCUAUUUAAAAUGUGUUCUGGCCCUUUAAGACAGAUCGCCUCAGAAUUACAGUAAGUGGAAUGGAAUAUUAAACAAUACUUGCGAGUCAUCGUUGACGUAAAAUUUUGUCUAUUUGGUUUGGGACGUCUAGAAUAAAUAAUUAAUUUGUA